GAGCCACCGUGCCACAGUUGGGUUAAAAAGUGUGAUAUAUAUCUUUAGGUUACAGCAUCCCAGCAUUUUUAACAGUGUUUACUAUGUAUUUACCUUAUUGACGUCAAUGUCUUGCCUUUAUUCCAGGUCUAAAUGUGACAUGUCCUCAGGCGUAUGAAAUACUGAUAGGAAAGUUUUGCAUGAUGCACGUCAAACCAAACUCCUCCUCCAUAGGCUAUUGCAAAUCAUCAACAACAAUCACGCACACUUUCAACAUAUUAAACAAUGGGGGAGAAUAUGCAGUACUCAUGAAUGAUACGGGUGCAGGCAUACAAAUGUGGUUUCUCCAAAAUACAUCUGAACUUCUGCAGUGUGAUUUCCUCAAUUCAACAGGAUUCACAUCAAACUUAACCUCAUGUAUAACCACCCAAACCACUGGCAACCCAAAUACCACCACCGAAAGUCUUACAACCACCCAAACCACUGGCAACCCAAAUACCACCACCGAAAGUCUUACAACCACCCAAACAACUGGCAACCCAAACAGCACCUGCACUAACAAAGCAUGCACAUUUAAAGGUUGUUUGAACAUCCGUAAUGUUGAUCCUGCACAGGAAUGUACUAAUGCUCCGUUCAGCAACGAUACCUGCAUAGGCAAAGAAGGAAACAGAUACUUUCUGCAUUACAACGGGAGUGCAUGGGCGUGUGUGUCCUGCAUUGAUGACAAUUCAACCACCACCGCUAACUAUACAAAUAACUGUACGACAUCAACUCCAACAACACAGAGCCCAACUACCAGUUCAACACAACACAUCACACCUACCCAGUCAAACCCUUAUACAACUGCAGUUAGUACUGUCAGUAAACCGGAGAUGAUGGUAAACAUAACUCCUCCAACAAUAAGUGCAGAUGGAACCAUUGAUCCUUCUAAAGCAUCAGAAGUCUUGAACAAUCUGAAGUCUCUGCUGGAUGACAUAAAAAACAGCAAUAAAAGCAAUGCAGGGAUCAAAACGGGGGACAUUAUUGGUGUUAUCCAAUUACAAGACGAGAAGACCAACCACAAAGACGUCGAUAUAUGCUACUCUUCACAACAGGACCUGAUGAACGUUGUUGAGACUAACCAGAAGACAGACUUUCCCUGGUCUGUAAAGGUUCCCAGUGAAGCCUUUGAUAAAUCAAGUCUGGAAAACAAUGGAAGUGCUUUUGUUGGAGUUUUGCGGUACCCAAACAUGGUUAAAGAGGAUGAAACUAAAAAUUACACAGUUUUAAACAAUAUGGUUUAUGGAAUAACAAUGGGAGCCAAUAUCUCCAACCUCAACAACAAUAUAGAAAUGACCAUCAAACUGAAGACUCUGGUCGGUAAUGCAUCCUGCACAUCUUGGGAUGGCAAUGGGAAUCUUAAGUGGACAAUGUUUGGCUGUGAGACAGAAAUGAUCGACAAUAACACCAUAAAGUGCUCGUGUUCACAUCUGACAUUCUUUGCAGUGCUGAUGUCUGUGCCAGAUGCAAACGCUGUAGCGCCAUAUCUGGAUUCACUGACCCUCAUCUCUUCUGUCGGCUGUGGGAUCUCUGUGUUUUUUCUGGCCAUCGCUCUGUUCAUGCAUUUCUUGCUGCGGAAAGCUAAAUCCAAUCAGGCCACAAAGAUCCUGAUCAACAUAUUAGUGGCCCUUUUUCUCCUGAAUGUGUCUUUUCUGUCGAACGAGAGCGUGGCAAACUCAGGAGACAAGAAUGCUUGUGUCUUCAUAGCUCUGCUGAUGCAUUACUCCAUGCUGACGUCAUUCACCUGGUUCUUCAUUCAAGCUCUUCAUAUGUACUUAUGGCUCAUCCGACAGAACGUCACCAUCACAAACUACAUGAGGAAGAUCACCGUGUUGGGCUGGGGUUUUUCUACACCGAUAGUCGUGGUUAUUCUUUCAAUAGGAGGAUAUAAAACACUGACCCUAAACUCAACAUCUGGAAAAAUUGUACAAAUGUGCUGGAUUACAGAUCUCUACAUUCAGUACAUAGUGAACAUCGGCUUCUACAGCCUAGUUUUCAUCUUCACAACAUUCAUCUUCAUCAUCAUCGUCACUAAGAUUUUCCAGUCCAGAGACAUAAGAGCGACUGAGGGCAAGAGACUGACGUUCAAAAAGCAGCUGAUGAUGGUGUUGAGUUUGUUUUUUCUGUUUGGUCUGACGUGGGCUGUUGCCUUCUUCAGUUAUGGACCGAUGCUCAUUCCCUCAUAUUACAUCUUCUCUGUGCUCAACUCCUUUCAAGGGUUUUUCCUCUUCCUGUAUUAUUAUCACAUUCAUAAUGAUGCUGCUGGUAGUUUCUCCGAUGAUCCAGGAAGCUCAAGCACCACCACAUCCAUUGUUAAAUCCAGCAAUCCUGUGGGAAAUUUGUAUAACUAAUUUUAUUAAGACAAAGGGUGUUUUGUGCAUCUUGCACUCUGUAGACUACCUGAUUAACUAAUUAUGGGGAAAUUGUGUAUUCUCAAAGGUGUGUAGGCACCUGCUGUAUCUAUUAGUGUUUUGGUUUUCUUUUGCCAAUUAGAGUCUAUGGUUGCCUAAUGAACUGUACAGUCGUGAAAUUUAGCACACAUAUUAAAGACAAUAAGUACAUUACCUUGUCCGAAUUUGCACAUACAGUUGAAGUCAGAGUUAUUAGCCCCCCUGAAUUAUUAAC